AGAGGCGGGGUAUGGUCCCAAGUUGACAGCGGCUCUGUGGGGAGGAGUAAAGAUGGCGGCCGAGGGCUUAGUUCGUAUUCCUGAAGUAGAUAUAGACCCAGACGGCACUUUUAAGUACGUGCUGAUCCGGGUCCACAUUAAGGAAGGUUCCGAGGAGUACAAGGACAUAGUGAGGGGGUACGGCUGGGCUGAGUACCACGCCGAUAUCUACGAUAAAGUGUCCGCCGACGUAGAAAAGGGGGUGUAUGACUGCGAGUGUCUGGGAGGAGGGAGAAUCCGGCACGCGAGCCAAGCCAAGAAAAUCCACAUCUACGGAUACUCCCUGGGUUUUGGCCGGGCGAGGCACGCGGUGACCAUGGAGAAAGUGAAAGCCAAAUACCCCGAUUAUGAAGUUACGUGGGCAGAUGAAGGAUACUGAAUGUUCCGGAUUUACACAUACCCAACAGCGCCGCCUACAGGGGGGGCAAAUUCAGCCCCAGGAGAAGAACAACAUGUAGCGUUUGUCUCCCCUCUGUCCUGCCAGCCUCCCUGUGCUCCACGUCGCCCCCUUGUGCCAAGAAAGAGACUUGGGCAGAAAUAAUUUCUGUAUAGAAUUCAGCAGCCUGCCGUAAAGCGAGGAUUCUUGUAUUGUGUUAUAUACAGCACUGCCUUACUUUACAGCCUUGUUGCACACAGCUUGGGUUUGGGGGUCACUCAAUAAAAAUGCAGAUGAUGUGUCUACUGUG